GCUACCUGCGCUAUCGUUCUCGUAAUCGCUCCCAUUUCCGCCGAGUUCUCAAAUUUCAAGAGAGGAAGAUAGAGAAACCCCUCUCCUUCUUCCUCUUCGAUUACCGGCGACAUCAUUCAAUUCUUCCCGGCAUCAAACGAACUCCAGAAUCAUGUUCUUCGUCUAAUCGUGAUCGUCAGAUCGGGCUACUGGUUUCAACCCCGCUAAUCGGAGUUCAUUCAAUCAGAAAGAGAGAGGUCAAUAAGACCGUGCUCAAAAUUCCGAAAAUAGAGCAGAAGGUUUUGGAUGCCACUAGCAAUGAGCCUUGGGGGCCUCAUGGAUCCCUUCUUGCAGAUAUAGCAGAGGCAACUAGAAAUCAGUAAGCAUAGGCUUGCUUUCGUGGAUGGUUUUAGAUUGAAUAUUCUACACCAGGGGAGAACUUAUUCCAAAUGUUGAUGCAGUCAUGAAUAUCAAUUGAUCAUGGGAAUAAUCUGGAAGCGGAUUAAUGAUACGGGCAAGAAUUGGAGGCAUGUCUACAAGGGGUUGACUGUUUUGGAGUACUUGGUGGGUCAUGGGUCAGAGCGAGUCAUAGACGACAUCAGAGAACAUGCAUAUCAGAUAUCGACCUUAUCGGAAUUUCACUACAUCGAUUCGAGUGCGAGGGAUCAGGGUAACAAUGUUAGAAAGAAAUCUCUAAAUCUUGUUGCCCUUGUAAAUGAUAAAGAAAGGAUCGUUGAGGUCAGACAGAAAGCUGCUGCUAAUAGGGACAAGUUUCGCAGCCCGUCAUCUAUGAGCCGUAUGUAUAGAUCAAGAACAGGAGGAUAUGAUGAGCGCUAUGAAGGACGAUAUGGAAGCUAUGAUGGAGACAAAAAUGUUGAUUCUUUUGGGAGGGAAAGGGACUAUGGUUUCAGAGAUGAUCGUUCUGGCAGAAAUGAGGAUUCAUAUAGUCGUGGUUAUGAAGGACGCUAUAACAGAGAUGGUUAUAAGGAUGAUGAUUAUCGUGGAAGAAGUCGAAGCAUUGAUGGUCAUCAGUAUGGUUCAAGGAGCAGGAGCUUUGACAGAGAUGGAGAACGUACAUAUGAUGAAGAUGGUCACGUUUCUUCUCGCAACAAUCGUGCCAGAGCACACGAGCCAUCUCCGGUUGGAAGGAAGCUUGAACGCAAAUUUUCGGAACAGAAUCUUAGUUUCCCGCCUAGUUAUGAAGAAGCUAUGAAUGAAUCUGGAAGUUCUGUGCAUAGUCAAAGAGAUGUAGAAGCUCCAUCAACUACAGCUCCAAGAGCUUUUCCUCCACCAACGUCCAGUACUCCGAGCCAGCCAACUAGUCAUGGAACCUCUACAUCCCCACCUACCCAGGGAUUUGAUCGUCCUGAUCAAUUUGACCCCCGGGGUUCCGUUCGAGCUGCUCCGACGGCCUCGAGCAGUUCGGAGACGAAUUUAUUCGACUCCUUGGCCUUAGUGCCUGUUGAGCCAGUAACAUCAACUGCAGACUCCAAGAGUUGUGUUCGGAAAAGCUCUGCGGAGGGUUCCUAUACUCAAAAUCAGACUUUUAAAGACCCAUUUGGUGACUCGUCUUUUAAAGCCGUUCCUUCCUCUGGUGUCCAAGAUCAAGCAGAUUUUCCUCAUGGGGAAUCGGUUUCUGCAGCAUCUUACUCUACACCGGACAUCCCUGUUCAACCUCAACCGAACUCGCACCAUCCUCGUGAAGAGUCGCUGCUACAUCAAGAUAUUGGUGUACUGGCUGAUCUCCUUCCUCCUCCUGAAAGUUUACCAACUGUUGUUUCACAGCCCACAUUUACAAUAUCAAACCAACCAGCACAACCAAAUUUUUCAGCUGUAUCUGGCUUGCCUGCACAGCCAAAUUCUAACUUGGGGAACUAUCAGCAAUAUGGAAGUAUUGCUCCUAUGAAUUUUCAAAAUCAAACAGAACCAGGGAGAGAGUUUGGCAAUGGGAUGUUCAUAACACAGGGAGGAACACCAGCUCAUGUCAAUUCAUAUAUGGUUCCUCCUCAUGCUGGACCUAAUACACAGCCCAACAAUUUUGGAUCCUCUCAGGACGGUUCUGCAGUUCCCACGAGUUCUCACGUUGCACUUCAAGCUUCCAGUUCGGUAGCUCCAGUGGCUUCUUCAUUUCCUGUUGUACAAUCUAACCCAGAGGUUAUGGGUAGUUUUAAUCCUCAAGCAGGAAACUACACUGCCAUGGCUUACCAGCAAAUUCCUCCAGUUGGAUCACUUUCAACUGCGUCUCAAGCUUCGAAGAAUAAGUUUGAGACCAAGUCCACAGUAUGGUCUGACACAUUAAGCAGAGGACUUGUCAAUUUAAACAUAUCUGGACCUAAAGCAAACCCAUUGGUGGACAUUGGUGUUGAUUUUGAAUCCCUCGGUAGGAGGGAAAAGAGGAUGGAGAAGCCUAGUAUAGCUCCAAUGGUAUCUACCAUUAACAUGGGUAAAGCUAUGGGAUCUGGUUCUGGGAUAGGCCGAGCCAGUGCAGGUGUACUAAGGCCUCCUCCAAAUGCGAUGUCGGGUACAGGUAUGGGCAUGGGAAUGAGAGGCUAUGGAGGUAUGAAUCAACCCAUGGGAGGCAUGGGGAUGAAUAUGGGUAUGGGGCAACAAGGAAUUCAAAUGCAGCAACCUCGAGCGAACAUGCCCGGUGUAUACAACCCAGUAUACAACCCAAUGAUGGGCGCUGGAGGUUAUGCCCCGCAACAGCCACGGUACGGCGGUUACCGAUGACAUCAGACAUCUUGUUAGAGUUGUGGAAGAGCCUCUGCUUGUUUAUCAGGUUAUAAGAGAUUAGGUAGGACACAGCACUAAAUAUUCAAACGUCUGCAUCCAACCCAAGAUUUUAUCAUCUGAAGCUAUACUUUUCCCCAGAAUGAAGGCCUUCUGUCUUCAUUGUUUUCUACCAAAUCUCCUGUUGCUCAUUCUUUGUGGGUUCAGUCCUGGUUUGAAUUUUGUGUAUCAACGAGUUCAAAUCUCCUCCUUGUCAAUUUCCUUCCACUUUCUUGUGAUUGUAAAUUUGAUUGAACAUAAAUUAACUAAUAAAAUACGAUGGUGUAAGUUCGCCUCAUUCUUAUUUCA